AUGCCGGUGAUGACCUUCUUCCAAGUUCGCACAUUCUCACCUUCUCACUCUCCUCCAUCACCAUCACCAACGCUCGUUCGAAAAAACCCUCGCUUCAUCAACAUUCGUUUCCAUCCCAUCACUCUCACCGUCACAACCUACCUUCAAACGCCAUCUUUCAAGAUGUGUUCCCCGUUCACUAUCCUGUGGUGGCUGUUCUUCGUGACGGUCAUCCAGGCAGCGAACACCACCACUGGAACUGUCACUGCAACAGUUUUUACCACGGUCCACCCUCUCCCUGCUGUCUUGCCUCCUGUCUUGCCUACUACUCUUACGGUCUCCCCACUGCCUUUGUCGCCAUCGGUUCUCACUCGCUACACGAACAGCAACAAUACCACGACCACCUGCGCUGAAGUUCACAACUACACCGCGACUGUCAACAAGACCGUGGUCGCCACUGAGACUCAAACUGCGCUGCCUGUGUUCGAAUCAAAUAGCACCCCGAUAGUUUAUCCACCCUCCCAGUUCACUACGUUCACUACUACCCAUACGCUCUUCAAAACUGUCACAAAAGGACACAAUGAGACCACUGGCAGCACUGAACCUUCGUCGACCAAUGCAGCUGUCCCAAUCGCAAGUGGUGCAGCCAAUGCCACCUCUACGACUUCAAGCAUUGUCACCUCUACGACAGCAGGCAAUGCCACUUCUACAGCAGCAGACAAUAUCACCUCCACGGCCACUGGCAGCGCUGGACCGUCGUCGAUCAAUGCAACAGUCUCAAUUCCACCCGUUUCAGGCAAUGUCACGUCUACGACUACUGUGCUCGUCACCAAGAAGAUUACAUCGACUCUAGUCCUGUCCAACAUGACCAGCACCGAGGUUGAGAGUGUGAUCCAGACGACCGCGCCUCCAUCGUCUCCUACUACUACUACCGCCACCACGUCCUCAGCCGUGGCUUUUGUUGAGACCACAACGACUACCAUCACCAUCUUCGACAAUGGUAACGAUGAUGGCAACGGUACCGGCAACGCCAACGCCACCACUCGCGCCAACUUCAACUUGACGGCACCUGCGAUUGCUGUUCCCACCGGCAUCUGGCUCAACGUGACUGCAACAGCACCACCGGCUCCACCGUCGAAUGGCACCUCCACCUCCUCCUCCUCAUCCUCCUCUCUCAACGGCACCACCAUGACCGACGUGACCACCAUCACGAGUUCAGCCACCGCCACCUUCGGCGUGGGUGUCGACACGGACGAGAAUACUGCCGCCGCCGCCGCCACCACCGCAGCAGCAGUCAAUCACACCACCCAGACUGGCCGCCGAGGACCCCAACCUUCCUCGUCCUCGGCUUCGGCUUCGGCUUCGGCUCCAAAUCCAGUCUUUGGCGGCCUCACUGGAUCAUCUGCGACCGUCAGAUUCACCCCACCGCUCAAGGCCCUCGUCUUGGUCACUUGCACCAGCCUGGUCUCUUUGGCAAUCGGUGCUUGCGUCUUGCUGUGA